AUGACGGCAGCUCCCAAGACAGAACCCAAGUUCCACGCCCGCUCUCUCACGGAGCUACUGGCGCUGCGCACGGCGACGCAGCCUGACGACUCGGCAGUGCAUACUGGCGCAGCAGAGUUUGGAGAUGAGUUGCAGACACUGACCUACUCGGACAUCUCUCGCGCCGUCGACCGUCUAUCAGCACACUACGCGGGGCUCAACCUCCAGCCCUCAUGUACACCCGGCCAACUCCCUCCACCACGGGUGAUCGCCGUGCUCGUCACCACAGCGAUCGACGAGAGCCUCCUCGAGAUGGCGCUCGCCAGGCUCGGCCUCACGGCACUCCUUGUGAGCGUCAACAACUCGGUUGCAGCGGUGGCGCACUUGUGUAAGAUCACCAAGGCAAAUCAUAUCAUCUAUGGGCCCAAAUUUGCGUCCACUGUCGCACAGGCGCAGUCCCUGCUCUCCAAAGAGGGCAUCUCAUUGCAACUGGUCAAGGACAAGCGCUUCCCCCUCUGGGGCCCGGGAGGCGUGAGAGAGGCCGAAAUUGCCCCGUUUCCGGCCCGCCUCACACCUGAAGAGGAGAGUAAGCGCGCGUGUGUCAUCCUCCAUUCUUCGGGGUCGACGGGCUUCCCAAAACCCGUGUACGUCACUCACUACGGGCUCAUCGCGAACGCAGCUGUGAGCGUGCCCAAGACGGGGUUCUCUGCGCUCCCGCUCUUCCAUGGCUUCGGGCACUUUUCCAUCUUCCGCUGUAUCUAUCACGGUAAGGCGUUCACGCUCUUCCCACCCCACCUCCCGAUUACGGCCGGUAACAUUGUGCGCGUGAUCAACGCGUCUCCGACGCGGCCGGUACAGCACUUUGCGGUGCCGUACGUGCUCAAGCUCCUCGCCGAGACCCAGGAGGGCGUUGCGAGUCUGGCGCGCAUGGAGGCCGUGAGCUUUGCCGGCGCCGCUGUCCCGGACGACCUUGGGGAUAGGCUUGUGGCGGCUGGCGUCCCCCUCUUCUCGCAGUACGGCACCACCGAAACUGGGGCUCUAAUGACGUCGAACCGCGACUUCAAGACCGACAAGGCGUGGAAUUAUGUGCGCAAUGAGGGCCUCAUCUCCAAUUACCUCGACCUCGAGCCGCGCGGCUCGAAUACAUUCGAGGUAGUGGUCAAAGAUGGAUGGCCGGCCAAGAUCAUGAGUAACCGCCCCGAUGGCGCCUAUGCAACAAAGGACCUGGUGGUGCGCCAUCCUGACCAUCCGACUUGGCUCAAGUACGUCGGUCGCCUCGACGACACCCUCACUCUCACGCUGGGCGAGAAGACGAACCCGGCGCCCCUCGAACUCGACAUUCGCGGCAACUCGCCUCUUGUACAGGAGUGCAUCGUCUUUGGCGACGGGCGCCCACAGGUAGGCGCGCUCAUCCUUCCCUCGGACGCUGGCGCUGCGCUGGCCCACGACCGCGCCGCCUUCAUCGAUGCCAUAUGGCCCGUCAUUGCGGACGCCAACUCGCGAGCGCCGACACAUUCAAGGAUCCUCCCAGAGAUGGUCGAGAUCCUGCCUCCUGGCACAGACAUCCCCGUGGCGACCAAGAUGAGCAUCCUCCGCCCGGCGUGUUACCGAAAGUUUGCGGAUGUGAUUGACGGCGUGUACGUACGUUUUGAGCAGGGAACAGGCUUGCCGAAGCGCGACAUUACCAAUCAAGAGGAGAUGGAGGCGUUCCUAAGCGAUACCUUGCGCGUCACGCUAGGGGAGGUGGAGGGUCUGGAGCGCGACACGGACCUGUUCGCCUUUGGCGUCGACUCGCUGCAGGCCACACGAGUGCGAAACGCGUUGCAGAAGGACCUCGAGCUUGGCGGAGCGACACUUGGACAGAAUAUCGUGUACGACCACCCAUCGAUUGCACAGCUCGCCGAACACCUUCUGGCCGUGAAGGCUGGCAACGUUAGUCAAGCGCGCGACGUCCACGUCGCCAUGAAGGAGAUGGUGGAGCGGUGGGCCACCGCGGUCGACCCUGUGGUGCCAAGCUCGGGGCCAGUGGUGAAGGAGCAUGUGGUCCUGCUGACGGGUGCUACAGGGAGUCUUGGUGCACACAUCCUGGACCAGCUCCUCCGUCGCCCCGAAGUGGUUGAAGUUGUGUGCAUUGCACGGGCACCCUCGCACGCACAGGCGACGACCCGCGUGGAAGCGUCGCUGGCGCAGCGCCACCGCACAGUGCCGGCUCGCUGGCGUGCCCUCGCUGCUGACGUGAACCGACCCGACCUCGGGCUGUCGGCAGACGAGUAUGACAGCCUCCGCACGAGUGUGACUGAGGUCAUCCACAACGCUUGGCCCGUUAACUUUGUGUUGUCCCUCGAGUCUUUCAACGAGCACAUCGGAGGAGCCGUCAACCUCCUCAACCUUGCACGGCGCACCACUCACAACGCAGCAUUCUUCUUCUCCUCGUCCGUGGGCACGCGGCAGGGGGAUGGACUGUCGUUCGUCCCUGAGACGUUCCCCGACGACCCGGCGAGUGCGAGCGGGAUGGGAUACGCGCAAAGCAAGUGGGUGGUGGAGAAAGUGCUGGAGCGGGCUGGCGGUCGCGUCGGUGUCCUGCGUAUUGGUCAAUUGGUGGGAGACACUGAGCACGGGGUAUGGAAUGAAACCGAGGCAUGGCCGCUCAUGUUCCGCACGGCGCGAGUCACAAACUCACUGCCUCUGCUGGAAGAGACGCCAGCUUGGCUGCCUGUGGACGUGGCUGCUCGAGCAAUCUCCGAGAUUGUCCUCGCACACACUGCCAGUGCAGUGUAUCACGUCGUGAAUCCACACAUUGCCGAGUGGUCGACAAUUCUCGACGGUCUCGCAGCCGGGGGCUUGGUCUUCGACCGCGUCCCGCCACAAGAAUGGAUAACGGCGCUCGAAGGCUAUCCAGACCUCAAGACCAACCCGAGUUACAAGCUCCUUGGCUUCUGGAAGGGACGCCUGGGUGCGCGCCGUCUCGUCGAGUUCAGUGUUGAGCACACGUCGCGAAUUAGCCCUACCAUUGCCGGAUGCGAGCCGGUGGGGCCAGAGCUGGUAAAGCUGUGGGUUGACGCUUGGCGUGAGAGUGGGUUUCUGUAG